CAAUUGUAAUUUUUAUUCUUUUACAUUCGUGAUGUCUCUGUGUAAAGUUAAUUCUACAAAAAAAAUGUUUGUUUGUCCAGAUUCAACUGCAAGCAAACUAAGCUAAGAAAAAACGAAUAGUUAAGACAGUUCAGCAAGAAAAGAAAAUAUAUAAAAAAGUCUACGUGACUUUCAUGAAGAAAACGUUGAAUGCGUUGCUGCGUAUCCGAGGAGUGAGGUGUGAAAGUUUUGCUACUACGUAAUUGUGGAAUUGAUUUACAUGAAAAUUACAUUGUGUAAAAGCUUGAAAAUUCAAUAAAUAUCAAAACUCGUGAGGAAAAUUUUAACUUUACAGAAAACUAGUUUGUUAUUGUUAAGUAGCUGUUAACAUGAAUAACGGUGGGUUCAGUUCGGCAGACGAGGACUCUCGUGAUGGCCACAGUACAUGUUGCCUUAUCGAUGAUGACGAACGUUGCCGCAAUCCUGCUGGAAAUGCCAGAUAUAGUAAACGUAUACAAAAAACUGUGCAACAAAAACGUCUAAAACUGCGUAAUGAUCCCACUGCGGAACGCAUUUACAUCUGUGAAUAUCACAAAUCGCAAAUACAAUCUGCACGCAGUAAACGCCGACGUAAGGAAUCUGAGGAGGAUAGCAAUGAAACCGACAAUGAAACACCAGAUGUCGUUAUGCCGGACCUCUAUCAACUGCAAGUUAAUACAUUGCGACGAUACAAACGUCACUAUAAAGUGCAGACGAGACCUGGUAUGAAGCGACAACAGUUAGCAGACACCAUCAUGAAGCAUUUCAAAACGAUACCGAUCAAAGAGAAGGAAACCAUCACAUAUUUCGUGUACAUGGUUAAGUCGAAUUCAAAUAAGCUGGAUCAAAAGAAUGGCAUUGGCAAUGAUACAACCUGAUUGAAGCGCUGAUAAGUCUUCAGCUUGUUAAUUGGUUGCUAUUACCCUACAACAUAUUUAUUGCGCCAAUGUCUGAAGCAAAAAGACCCAAAGCUUCUUAAGCUUCCUUAUGUAUAUGUAUUUAGUGCUAAGUGAAUAUUGCUUAUAUGGUGUAAUCGUGUUCAUGUUGACUUUAAUUUGAAAAAGAAAAAAAAAAACAAUGUGCAGUUAUAUUAUGUAUAGGUAUGUUUAUAGAAAUGUAAAAUAGCCAACUACACAACUCUGUUGAAUAAAGUCAUUGUUCGAUUUUUGCAAUACUA